AAAGUGCAUAAUAUAAAAUAAUAGAAAAUGCAACUGUUUUUAGAAAUUAUUUUCGUGUGUUUUUCACUAGUUUCUGUGCAAAGUUUGGAGAUUUUCCGGACGCCGCCUUUGCCCCAUUUUGAUCAUGAGUGGUGGGGUCCUGUGGAAGAGAAACAGCAUAACGAUACUAGUAUCAGGCCUUUUCAAGUGCAUUUUGAUCCUGGGAUGAUCGAAGACCUGAGAUACCGUUUGAAGAGUCACCGGCCGUUCACGCCACCACUAGAAGGUGUGGGGUUCGAGUACGGGUUCAACACCCACUACCUCCACGGUUGGGUAGACUACUGGGCAGACCAGUACCCGUUUCAGCAGCAAGAGGACUUCUUGAAUCAGUUCCCUCAAUUUAAGACCAAUGUGCAAGGGCUGGAUAUACACUUCAUUUGGGUUAAGCCUGAGGUACCUCCCGGCAUGGAAGUGGUACCACUCCUGCUGCUGCACGGGUGGCCGGGGUCAGUCCGGGAGUUCUACGGGACUCUGCCGAUGCUGGCUGCUGUAUCCAGGGAGAGAGAUUUUGCAGUGGAAGUCAUUGCUCCCAGUCUACCUGGCUUCGGAUUUUCUGAUGCUGCGGUGAGACCAGGUCUAGGCGCUACAGAGAUGGGAGUGGUGCUGAGGAACCUGAUGCAUCGACUCGGCUUCAAGAAGUUCUAUGUGCAGGGGGGAGACUGGGGCGCUUACAUUGGCCUUUGUAUGGCUACCUUGUAUCCGAAGGAGGUCCUAGGAUACCAUACAAACCUGGCGCUAUCAAUAACCCCAACAGCUAUCCUGACGUGGGUGCUAGGCUCCAUCUACUCCCCGCUGGUGGUGGAUCCAGUUCUGGCAGACAGGAUGUACCCGAUCCUGAGCGUGGUGUACUGGCUCACCAGAGAAACUGGAUACUUGCAUCUGCAGGCUACCAAGCCUGAUACCCUGGGUGUAUCGAUGGCAGAUUCACCGGCUGGUCUUCUGGCCUACAUAUACCAGCUAUUCUCAAGUGGUUCCCGUAGAAAGUUCUACUACAGAAGUGACGGUGGUUUCGACGACCUUUACAGCCGAGACGAGCUCAUUGAUAACCUCAUGAUAUACUGGAUCACCAACAGUUUCACCACGUCCAGUAGGAUCUACGCGGAGACGCUGAAUUUGAGGAAUAUUAAUAUGGCUGUUUUUGCAAUACCCACACCAGUACCUACAUGGACGAUACACGCAAAGGACGAAAUCUUCUACCAGUCUCCUACACUCCUGAAGUUCAAGUACCCAAACCUGCUGAAUUCUACUGUUCUCUUCACCGGAGGUCACUUCCUUGCCUUGGAGAAGCCUCAAGUCUUCGCCGAUGAUGUACUUCAUGCCAUCGCGGCGUUUAGAAGAUGGCAUUUUAAUAGGAAACAUAAGAAAUAUACAUUUUAG